AUGAUCAAAGGCGCAGUAGCUUAAAAGAACGAAGUUUAGUUCAUACAUUUCUAAUAUUUAUCUUUUAGCACUCCAGCAAUGCAAUUGACCGAACUUCUUUGAUCUUACGAGUAAGAUACACACUAUACUGUGAUCGAAGCCUUUUUGAACAUUCACGAGACGCCUGAGAACUUCUUCCCAAGAAAAUUCAUUUUUAAGCUUUUUCAAAAGUGGAAAAUAUCGAGUAUGGCUGAAAUUGGCUGUCGAAAAUCGUUCCCAUUCGAAAACUGAAUGGCACUUGGAUGGACAAAAAACGUCAAAUUAAAUUCCAGCCAACAAAUAAAUAUGGAAGAAGAGCGGAGGCGCAGGGAAAAAAAGCGGACAGGUUUUGGGGUUAUUGUCCCGUGUGUCCUUCGACCUCGACGACGCAACGCCGCCUUCCCACGUCUUCCAAACCUCUCCAAUCUCAUUACCUAACCCGGAAACAGUGAGUUUUUUGACUGAUUCGCGCUUUUUAUCAUUUUUUGUUUUUUUUUAUUAGAAAGAUAAUGAAAAAAAUCAAAAAAAUUUUUACAUGAUUUCAAAGAACAAUUAGAACUGUUAUCUGAUUUUUCCCCUUUUUUUAUCACGCUCCCUAAAACAUUUCAUAAAGGUGUUUUAAUAAAUGUUCAUAAACAAAUUUUUGAUUUUUUUCACCCUGCAUGGAACAAUUGGAAAGUUCAAAAUACAUAGUUGUUAGAGAAAUAUCGUAAGAAUCUGAAUUUUCGGCUCAAGAAAAGUUUUCACAACAAUAAUUAGCAAUGAAAAAAUCUUUAGUAGUUUCAAAAGGUCUAUUCCUUUUUAUAUCAUACCUAUAAAGCUUCUCAGCAAUUUUUGGCGCCCUGCCAAGUUCCCAUAGCAACUAUUUUUCGAUCUCUUUCCCCUUUUCAAAUCCAUGUGUCACACGCUCUAAACCCCAUAAAAUGACCGUUAAAACACCUAAUUUUUUUCCAAUUGGGUAUGUUAAUCGAAUCAAUCUUAUUGUUCUGAAAUAUUGAUAACUUUUUAGGAAACUAGAAAUGCUGGAUGCGAGGGAAACGUUUGAAAAAUACGAAAGGCGAGCCUCGCCAUCGCAAAACUUCUCCCAACAAAGAGGUUUCGCUUUUUUUUUUGUUGUUUGGCUUGACUGAAACGCAGAACUUUCAUCAUUUUUAUUCAGAACUAUAAUCAAAAUUUUAGGAAAGAAGAAACUAAGAAAAAAAUAUAACUAGAAAAUUCGAAAAUUGUCAUAAAGUGUAAUAGACGUAUUUCUCUUCUAAACCAAAGAUUUCUGAAAUUCGAAGUAUUAAAUUUUUUUCUAUUUGUUUUUCUGAGGCUGCGUUAUUUCUUAGAAUCUAAAAGCUCUGUUUUUUUUUUGUCAAAUUCGACUUUGUUCAUAGCCUUUAUUAAGAAAUUCAAAAAAGUAGUUUAUUAACCGUUAUCUCGAAACAAUAGUUGAUGAAUUUCUUGAUAAAUAUAUUGGAAUAAUGUGCAAAAAGAACGAAACGAAUUUUUUGAAUUGUUUUCAGACCCAUUUUCUCAAUGAUAAUUAUUUUAGACUAUCGAGAACAACUGGCCUGCAGCUACACGGCUCAUCCUCCACAGCAACACGAACCAAGUGAGCAUUUGAACGAAAAUUUGAAAACUCUAAUAAUUUUCUAUAAUUCAACCAUCAAUUUAAAAAGUAUCGUUAUAUAUUCAGAUUGGUAAAAUUCUUUUUCCUAAUUUUCAGCGGUAAUACGGCCCACCAUGAUAUGUUGACACUCGUUAGUUCCUCGUACUAGGUCAUUGAAGCUUUAAAAAUUCGCUCUACCAAACUAAAUUUCUUGUGAGCUAUUUUUUUUGAUAGAGCAAAUCUUCGGAUGUAAAAAGGCAACAGACUUGUGCGGCCUUACUCACUAGGGAACUACUCGGACUCGGGUACGCGUUUCGAGUUGAAACUUGGGUGGCUUAUAGACCCGGGUAAGACUACUUGGAAACAAGAGAGAUUAUCUGCUAAACCCCAUAGGCUUCUGAGAAAAAUCUUUUUGAAAAUGAACAGCUUAAGUUUGAAAAUUAUCAAAUUUUCGCUUUUCUCCUUCUUUUGGCUGGAAAAAAGUUUUUUAGAGUGUAUCAUAGUCGGAUCAUUCAAGGCGAUUGUAUUAAAAUAUGAAAUAAGGUAAAAAGCAGUAUUCUGAAAAAUUUCAGGCCUAAUUUUCACAUUUUCUACUAAUUUUUUCUCAGUUCUCUACCGGGUUUAGCAGAUAUUCUCUCUUGUUUUCAAGUAAUCUGACUUGGGUCUAUAAACCACUAAAGUUUCAACUCGAAACCCGUACCCGAAUCCGAGUAGUUCAGGCCGGCCCGGGAAUCGGGCCUCAUUUUUGCGAGGAAGUAUAGGCGGGCUUCGGCCAGGCUUCGAAUAUAAUUUUUAGAGUCGAGCAAAAAAUGAUCGGACUAAGUUUAUUUUUUCAGUUUUGGCUUGCGAAUACACGCGACCGGGCACAACUACCACAAGAACUUUCGUUACAGAAAGCCGAGGAAAGCGCAAAAGUGAGUCUUUAAAUGAAAAAUGAAAUUAGGUGAAUGUUUUCAACUUUCAGUCCCAAUCGGCGCGAUCAUCGCCGUCGCGAUCGGUGUCCCGAUUCUCAUCGUCAUCGUUCUUUUCGCAGCUGUUUGGCUCCAGGAACUCGGCAUUUUGUAG